CUAGGCCGCUAGAGCCGCGCUCUGGGCCGCCUGGAGCCUCCGCUACCAGUCUCCGGGCGCCCCCCCACCCCCACCGGCGGCCCAAAGCCGCGCGGGGACGGGGCCAUGUGUCGCGCGCGGCUCCGCCUCCCGCCGGUCCUUUGAGGCGGCGGCCGAGGGGAACACAGAGACAGGCGCCUAUCCGGCAGUGUGGUGCCUAUAGCGGGUGCAGCGGACUGCGCUGUGGCCAGGCUUUUUUUUCUCUGGUCCAGACCACCCGGAUGGGGCUCUCCGGGCCCCGCCCCGUCUGGCCUAGCCCGGCCUGCCCGAGUCGCGCAAGCUCUGCAGGCAGGCUAGCGGGACGACCCCAGCCCCACGUCCUGCCACCCGCCAGCGAAGGAUCCGGGGAUGGGCAAGCGCCACCCGGCCCGCUCCGGAGUCAGCAUUGGGUCUCAGUGAGGCCGGGUGACGCUCCAGAAUGGGAGACAAGCCAAUUUGGGAGCAGAUUGGAUCCAGCUUCAUUCAACAUUACUACCAGUUAUUUGAUAACGACAGAACCCAACUAGGCGCAAUUUAUAUUGACGCAUCAUGCCUUACGUGGGAAGGACAGCAAUUCCAGGGGAAAGCUGCCAUUGUGGAGAAGUUGUCUAGCCUUCCGUUCCAGAAAAUCCAGCACAGCAUCACGGCGCAGGACCAUCAGCCCACGCCAGAUAGCUGCAUCAUCAGCAUGGUUGUGGGCCAGCUCAAGGCUGAUGAAGACCCCAUCAUGGGGUUCCACCAGAUGUUCCUAUUAAAGAACAUCAACGAUGCUUGGGUUUGCACCAAUGACAUGUUCAGGCUUGCCCUGCACAACUUCGGCUGACCUCCUCCCAGCCAGGCACUCAUGCUGUUUCCUCCUCCCUCCUCUCCCCAAUAUUAUUCACACUCCUCCAGAUGCUCCAAAUAUCAUACACAAAUGAGCAGGGCCGCGGUGGGAGCGGGCGCAGUGCGCUGCUGCUACUGGGGUAUUGUGCAUGAUGUUUGGACGCUAGACUAGUUGCAUCUGACAGGAGAAGUUUGUGUUGUACCAGCGCAUGCCUUGGAAAGACUUAAGUAAUGCAAAAGGUUGUUUUUUUUUGUUUUGUUUUGUUUUUGUUUUUUAAUCUACUGACAAGUUGCUCUAGUAACCCAAAGAAGUGAAGGAGAAAGCAGCUGCCUCACCGCCCAGAUAUUGAUUUGUUCGGAUGUUUCAAUGCCUCAUGAUACAAUAAAACCACAAAAAUUUUCUUAACA